AUGACUCGGUGCACAUUUCACACAAAGUCGUGCCGUGACCCCGCCCCUGCUGAGCGGAAAUAUCUUCGACUAACCAUCCACAAUGCUGACUAUGAGGUUUUUGCGCUUGCUCAGUUGUUGAAGUACUUUAACUGGACCUGGGUGGGCAUCAUAUCCUCCGACAAUGACUUGGGAAGAUCAGGGGCUCAGCUGGUAACUCGAGAGAUUGAGAAUAAUGGCGGCUGUAUUGCAUUUUAUGAGAUACUUCCCAUUUUCAACUUUAUGGAGUCCGUCUUCCGUAUUAUUGAUGUCAUCCAGAAAUCCAGAGCAACAGUGAUCAUUUUGUUUUGCACUGUAAUGUUCCCUAAUGGAAGCAACCAGUAUGUCUCCAUUGGCAGCUUUAAUGCACGGGCUCCAAAGGGCCAAGAACUCAAGAUACAGGAGGACAAGAUUUUAUGGAACAUCGACAAAAUCCCUGUGUCAGUGUGCAGUGACCCUUGCCCAAGAGGCCACAGAAGAGCCACCAUUCAAGGACAAAAGAUCUGCUGCUUUGAUUGUCUGCCGUGUUCUGAAGGAGAGAUUCCCAACCCAAAAGAUAACAGUGAAUGUCUAAAGUGCCCAGAAGACCAAUGGCCUGACAGCAUGAAAGAAAGAUGUCUUCCAAAAAUAAUUCAGUUCCUUUCUUAUGAUGAGCCGUUGGGUUCCUCGCUUGCCUGUAUUUCAGUCUUGUUUUGUCUGAUUACGUUUUCUGCCUUCUGCCUGUUCAUAGCUAAACGGAAGACUCCCAUAGUAAAAGCCAAUAACAGAGAGCUCAGCUACCUACUUCUCAUCUCCCUCAUGUUUGGCUUCCUGUGUUCCUUGGCAUUCAUUGGCAGACCCAACCUGAAGUCGUGCAUGAUACGCCAGGUCCUGUUUGCUGUUAUUUUCUCAUUUUGCAUUUCAGUCAUCCUAGCAAAGACUGUCACUGUCAUCAUGAUAUUUAGUGCCACAAACCCAGACAGUAAGCUGAAAAGACUGGUGGCAAUGAGAAUACCUGUUUAUAUUGUCCCUGUUUGUACAAUGGUUCAGAUAAUUCUAUGCAUUGUUUGGUUGGCCAGGGCAGCUCCAUUUGCAGAAUUCAAUAUGGCGGCAGAAAUAGGGAUAAUAGUGAUUGAGUGCAAUGAAGGCUCUAGGGUGUUAUUUGCAUGUGUGCUGGGGUAUAUGGGUUUGUUAGCAGCUGUUAGUCUAUUGGUUGCCUGUUUGGCUAGGAAGCUCCCUGACACAUUUAAUGAGACCAAGUUCAUCACAUUCAGUAUGUUGGUAUUUGCCAGUGUUUGGCUGACAUUUAUACCUGCUUACCUCAGUACCAAGGGGAAACAGACGGUGGCAGUAGAAAUCUUUGCUAUACUAUCUUCAAGUGCUGGACUUCUUGUUUGCAUUUUUAUCCCAAAAUGUUAUAUAAUAUUAUUGCACCCGGAAAUGAACAGCAAACAGUAUAUCACUGGAAGGAACACCAGGAACCGAGGGACAUGA